AUAUCUACUUCGGUCAAUUAAAACAAGAACGGUCAUCAUCCCUCGGUAUUGUGUUGGUGAUCUAAGCGCUGGGUGGUGGUAUAACUAGCACGAAUGCCAUUGUAACGUCAACCAAUUUUGCCUCUCACUCACUCACAUUCUCUCCCAAUAUGACCAUAGUCUCAAAUGAUCCCUCUUUGUGGCCGGUCAUUGAUGCAUAUCGGUUUUUUAGCUAUUGUGUAGUUGCCGCCUUUGUUGCAGUGACGUAUGACUGGGCCCUUACAUUUGGACAAGAGGUCGAAUUGGUCUGGAGGCAACGUUGGUCUCUGAUGACAUUUUUGUAUCUCGCUGCGCGCUACCUCGGAAUCUUCUAUGCUGCCCUGACCGUGCUUAGCACUCUUCCGACCAUCUUGGUGACAGAUACAGUGAGUUGGAUUACGUACGUCGUACGGAGUUGGAUCAAUGUUUUGGUAUUUGCGAUGCUGUGGGUCAUCAUCAUCACUCGGUUGCAUGCCAUGUAUCAAGGAUCCAGAAAGAUCCUGAUAUUUCUUAUAGUCACCUUCCUCGCUGACAACAUUUUCGACGUAGUGGUCUCCAUAAUGAUAAUGAUGCAUGUGUCAGGGGAGGAAUAUAUUCUCUCCGGCACUUAUAUGUGCCAGAUCAACUAUCCGGAAGAUGACGUACUUCUGGUUUCCAUUACUUGGAUACUCGCAACUGUGUGGGAGGUCCUCGCACUAUGUCUCGCAGUCUGGAUUGCUGUAAAACACUUCCGUGAGCUGCGACGUCAUUCGGCAGGAGGCAUUAUCGGGGACUGUUUCUCGGUGUUGAUCAAAACUCACAUGGCCUACUUUGCGAGCUUUGUUGCUGUUUCUUGCUUCCAGCUCAUUGCUGAUUUAUCUCCAUCACUUCUAACGGACGAAAAUUCCCUAGAAUCUCAGACCCUUAGUGGCUUGGCCCAGAUUUCGACAGUCGUGCAGGCGUUUGUGCUUGGACCACGGCUGAUCCUUGGCGUUCGAGAAUACCACGCUAAGCUCGUGGCCAACUCCGACGCAGCAUCUGCUAUGACCUCAAUCGCUUUCCGGGAGCAGGUGCAUGUAUCGACUAGCAGUAGUGUGUGACACACGAGAGGUCAAUAGUUGUCUGCUGCUCUGUAGGAAGCAGGGAAGUUUGUGUCACGGUUUUCUCUCCAUUCCGAGCCUCGUAACAGUAUUUAUGUAUCAUCGUUAAAGUAUUUGGUGUAGAUUUCGAUGAGACAUGUAUAGUGGGUCUAGGCAAUAUUUUCAUCGUAGUAUUUAUUCGAAUCAUUUUAGUCUUUGAAAACGUGAUUCGCA